AUGUCCGUGGCCAGGAAGGACUGGUCGGCGCUGUCCAGCCUGGCCAGGCAAUGGAGUCUGGAGGAUGAGGAGGAGCAGCAGCGCGAGCGCCGGCGCCGAAGUCGUGCCCUGAGCUCCACAUCGGAGGAGGCGAGUCCCCAGCGCACCCCAAAUGGAGAGCAGCCGGCCACAGAGAGACUGCAGAGCCCUGAGGAGGUGCCGGCGCCCCGGCCCUCCGCCCCCCCGGACGAGGAGCAGGAUGUCCAGGCGCUGCUCAGGAAACGGCGGCAGAGGUGGCAGGCGGGGGGCGCUGGGGACCCCAUCCAGGAGCAGCCAGAAGCAGAGGAGGCCCGGCCACAGCGCCCUGCACCCCAGAAGGAGGCGGAGCUGCAGCCUCCAGAGAGACUGAACCCGGCCAGGCACAGCCCCUCGGCUCGGGAGGAGGGCCGGGAGGGCGGAGAGCCAGGCAGAGAGAGGAAGGGGGUCCCAGACAAGACCCCCCUGACGCCAGAGACCCCCGACACCGAGAAGCCAGUUCCGGAGAAGGCCUUGGCAAAGAGACUGACCUCCGAGGAGACCCCCACCUCCAGAAAGUUCCUGGCCGCUGAGAAAACGUCAGUGCUAGGGAGAACAGAGGCAGCGGUGCCAAAGCCUGGCCUGGAGAGGAAGCCAUCGGUUCGAGAAAGAUGCAGCAUCUUUGAGAGGCCACCAGCCCCUAAGGAGACUGGAUCCAGCUCUGAGAAGAAGUCCUCGGCUCUAGAAAGAUCCAGUUCCUUCAAGAAGGUGCCAGGCUCUGGGGAGAAGUCCUCAGUUCUAGAAAGAUCCAGUGCCUUUGAGAAGCCGCCAGGCCCUGGGGAGAAGUCCUCAGUUCUAGAAAGAUCCAGUGCCUUCGAGAAGCCUUCAGCCCCAAGGGAGAAGUCCUCGGUUCUAGAAAGAUCCAGUGGCUUUGAGAAGCCUUUGUCCCCAAGGGAGAAGUCCACAGUUCUAGAAAAAUCCAGUGCCUUUGAGAAAACUUCGGCCCCAAGGGAGAAGCCCUCCAUCCUAGAAAGAUCCAGUGUCUUCGAGAAACCACCGGUCCCUGGGGAGAAGUCCUCGGUUCUAGAAAAAUCUAGUACCUUCGAGAAGCCUCUGGCCGCAGGAAAGCCAGCAGGCAUGGACAGGAGGGUGGUGUCUGAGAAAGCACAGAUGUUCGAGAAGCCGCAGGGCUCCGAGAAGGGGUCCGAGUUGCCCAGGCUGGCUCUCCGGAGGACAGGCUCCGAGCGACUCCAGGUCCGGGAGCAGCCAGCCCCCCGGGGAAACCCAUCAGCCCCCGGAGAGCAGGGAGCCAGGACCCUUCCUGACAAGAGACCCCCCUACUCAGCCAAGCCCGAAGAGCCGGUCGCGGCCAGCCAGCAGGCCUCGCCCACCCGCUUCCCGCCCAUUUCCUUCCAGUUUCUUCCCUCUCCUGACGAGGGGCCACCAAGACCCAUCCUCAUCCUGGGCCUGGACUCUGAGAGCUUUUGGAUCCUUCCAGAAGCUGCCCCGGAUGCUCUGCUGGUGGCCUGGUCCCACGGGACUGUGGAGAUCCCCAGCAGAGAGGACAAGGCGGAUAUGCCCUCCCCCACCCAGGCCACCUCCAGCACCGAGCUCAAACGCUCUGGUUUUAGCACCAUCUCCUUCCGGAUGAGUCCCCGGAGAAAGAACGCAGAAUCAUCCUUAACCCGCAGUGCCAGCCUGAAGCUCUCGGCCACCCCAGGGACUGGCGGCAGAAACGAGAACAUGCAGGAGAGGAUGCAGAAAUACCACUCGGCCAUCAAGCGAUCAGAAUCCGUGAAAACCCCUGGCGCCUUCCGCACCGAGCUCCUUAUCAGUCCCAAGAGUGCCACCAACGUGGCCAACAAGCGCCACUUCUUUGAGAAUGACCUGGCGAGCGGGAGCCGAGCGGACCGAGUCUCCAGCCUGAGAGAGAACCUGAAGCUCAAGGGGGCCGUGACGUCCAAGCUGAGCCUGUGGGAGUCCCAGGAGUCUCCCGAGCAGGACCCGCAGGAACUGCAGAAGGACCUAGUGGCCACCAGGAGGACCCAGCGGGAACGGCAGGCAGAGAGCGCGCUGGACGCAGAGGUGUGA